AUGACCCUCACUAACCUCCGUCUUGCCGCGCGGCAGAAGAAGGCCAAUCGCCGCAGGGCCGUGCCCGCCUUCAGCCCCGCCAGGCUGCCGUGGGCCCAGAUCAUCGCCGGAUACAAAGCUGCCAACAAACCGGCGCCGCCCGUAAGCUCGGUUGAGCUGCCGACGAUCAACGCUCCUCAGCUGGCCAUCACCUGGCCGUUUGAGCUGCCGAGUCCCCGUGCCGAUCUCGGUCUGAAUGGCCACCUCUGCGCGCCAACCCCGGCCCACGUUGUGAACACCAUCGACCUGCCGCUCGACAAGAAGCUGAUCUCAACCCUGCCCCUUCUCCGUCAGCCGCUUCUUGCCAUCUGCGCUCCUCCGGCACCGCCAGUGUUGAAGGGUGGCGCUGACUUUGCCGUGUUGAUGGGCAGCCGGUACUUCGACCAGUUCCGCAACACUCCAUCCGCCGAAAACUCUGCAUCCACGACUUCGACUGUCUCUUGCCGCCACUUCUUCAGCAGCGCCUCAACGGUUUCGGUCGACUCUGAUGACGGCUACAUGGCCGAUUUGGAGUCGCCGAUUGGCUCGGUGCAGUUCGAAUCGCAGGCCCACUUCUACGAGUACGACGCGGAGACGACUGAGGAUUCGGAGCUAAGCACGCACUCGUCGGCCGGCCGUACGCCAAUCCCAACCUCGAUCGAGUCGCAGGCCUCGCAUACCAUUUCCAACGCGUCGCUGAUUGGCACCAGCUUUUAUCCGAAUGAGGUCGAUGGCUGCGACUGCUCGGCUUGCUGCCGUGUCAUCUUGUCGAUGGCCGCAUGCCCGCUGGCGAUGCAGCAGCUGAUGGCUCGCAGCAGCAACUCUAGCAUCACCACGGCGGCCACUUCCAUCUCGUCGCUGCUGCUUGACUUCUACGCCGAUGGUGUCGAGGGAUGUCACUGCAAGGCCUGCAGUGAUGCCAUGAAGGUGCUGGCCUCGUGCCCGAUCGCUCAGCAGAAGCUCCUCCGCCAGAACAGCAACACGUCGAGCUCCACGGAAUCGACCUCAGAUCUCAGCACCGAAUACAGCUACACUCGCUCGGUGUCCUCGGCGUUCUUCACAAUCCCCGCACCCGUGCCUUCUGAUUUGGCCCGGGAGCCUGUGGUGGAUGCUGAGAUGAACCCUUGGGCAGGGCUCCCGCUGCCAAUGCCACGAACCCGUGAGGUCAUCCAGCAAUCGUUGGACUAUUGGGAGAAGUGCCAGCUGAUCUGCGCGGAGCGGGUGCGCUCGACUAACGCGGCGUUGGCCCGCCUCAACACUGACGGC